UAAAAGAAAGUUUCACCCGUAAACCGUUAAAUCAGUUUCAGCAAGAAGUGUUAUUAACAACGGGGAGGUAUACAAUACAUGAGUCAUUGAGAGUUUUAGAUAAGACACGACAUAUAAUCGAAUAUCAUAUUUGUCGCAGAUCAUUUAAAUGAAACGAAAUUUCGUGUUUCUGCUUGGCACGCGCCAUGAAGACGCCUCCUUUUAUUUUUCUGAUGCGCGGCGGGGGGGAAGUAGAUGUCUGUACGAAAACGAGAAGCAUACAGAAAAAUGCGGUGUGCAUAAGUAUUGGUGUAUGCGGACUAGAACAACUGUCAUAAUUGUGUUGGUAUUGCAUGUAAAGUCAAGAACUACGCAUAAUUCUGAUUUUGUGAAGAAGAGAUCAGGCAGUCAGUUUUCGAUCGUUACGCAUAACAGACAUGCCUCGCGUAAGCGCCAGAAAACGUCGCGCGAACCAUAACGAGAGUAGUGAAGAGGAAGAAGGGCAUCCUGAUGACUCUUCGACAUCAGAAGUGGGAUCGCCUAUACCUACUUUGAACAAUGAAAAUAGUUUGCUGACAAUUUUGGAGUCGCAAAAUCGCCAUUUUUCCGAACUUUUGAAACAAGUGCAACACUCACAAAGAGAGUCAAGAGAAUCGUUUGCUGUGGUAUUGCCCAGGUUUAAUCCUGAACGUGCGGGAUCAGAUGCGCAAUCCUGGUGUUCAACGGUGGACUACAUCUUGUCCGAAAACCAACUGGAAGGCAGCACUCUUGUGAUGACCCUUAGCAAAUCACUGGAAGGAAGCGCGUCUCAUUGGCUUUCACAGACUUGCUUUCCUGGUAUAUCAUGGCCACAGUUCCGAGAAUUGUUUUUGCAACAUUUUGCGGGAACAGAAACAUUAGCGGCAGCAGUUAUGAAUCUGCUAAAUGGACGCCCUGCGGAAGGCGAGUGCCUGUCGUUAAACGGAAGCCGAAUGGUUACUUCGCUUAUGGCCAAAUGGAAGACGCUGAGCGUGGAGCAAAUCGCAGUCUCCAUUACACUGGCGCAUGCAGCUGGAAUUGACAGGCGUUUGCAGCGUUUAGUUUUCACUUCCGAUAUCAACACUCGGAACGAGCUGCACCAAGAACUAAAGGCCUAUUCAUUCGACGCUAGACCGAGCCACCUUCCAAACGAUGGUACAUUAGAUCCGCCAGGAAAACGAGCUAAGCCCUACUUCAAGUGUCACAACUGCGGAAAGCCUGGUCAUAAAAAGGCGGAUUGUCGAUCAAAAACAGUGGCAGUGCACGUUCAGCAACCCGACAAGCAACCAUAAGGGAAAGACCGGUCUACUUUGACUUGUUUCAACUGCGGAAAAGCUGGACACAUCUCUACCGUAUGUCCUGAUCGUCAGGAGCGUUCGUCGUCUAGCAAUAAUAACAUUGUUAAAGAUGUCAACAUCUGUACCGUUUUUGAGCCCGUAGGGACGUUUUCGCAAUCUGGUGAGUCGUUCCAAUUUUGUUUUGAUUCUGGAGCCGAGUGUUCACUCAUCAAGGAGGCUACUUCGCAGAGACUAUCUGGAUCCAGAAUGGGCAACGUAGUUAUUUUAAGGGGUCUUGGUAGCAAUACUAUUUGUAGCACUUUGCAGAUAUUGGCUAAUGUUUUGAUAAGUGAACGCUCAUAUGAAAUAUUGUUUCAUGUAGUGUUAGACAAUUAUAUUAAGUAUGACGCUCUGAUUGGUCGAGAUAUUUUGAGCCAGGGAGUCGGUGUGACAAUAACAUCAAAAUCUCCUACAAUGUUUAACGAAAAAUCUGUAUUGUCUGUUGAAGUUUUGGCUAAUGUUGACAUCGAUUUGCGUGGACCUGAUAGAGACCAAUUGUUGUCAAUACUACAAGAAUAUUCAGGGUCAUUCAUAAAUGGAAUUCCACUAAGCCGUGUGACUACGGGCCAGUUAGAAAUUCGCUUGAUUGAUCAGAAUAAGACAGUUCAAAGGCGCCCAUAUAGGUUGAGUGUAGAGGAGAAGGAAAAAGUUCGGCAUUUAAUUCAACAGUUGUUAGAAUCAUACAUUAUUAGACCCAGUUCCUCCCCCUUUGCGAGCCCAAUGUUACUUGUCCGAAAAAAAAUGGUACUGACCGCCUCUGCGUGGAUUAUAGAGAGCUAAAUGCAAAUACCGUUUCAGACAGGUACCCUUUGCCGCUAAUUUCUGAACAAAUAGCCAGGCUGAGUGGUGCUAGGUUUUUCAGCUGUAUAGACAUGGCAAGCGGAUUUCACCAGAUCCCAAUUCACCCGAAUUCAGUCGAGCGAACGGCAUUUGUUACCCCAGAAGGCCAGUACGAAUACUUGACUAUGCCAUUCGGGCUUAAGAAUGCACCUUCUGUAUUCCAAAGAGCUAUUAAUCGUGCCUUAGGUGAUCUUACCCAUUCGUAUGCCAUUGUUUAUAUGGAUGACUUAAUGAUAAUUGGACGUACAAAAGAAGAAGCUUUUAAUAGAUUGCGAGUAGUACUGCAAGCACUUACGCAUGCUGGAUUUUCUUUUAAUAUUACAAAAUGUUCCUUUCUCAAGUCUUGUGUUGAAUAUUUGGGUUUCGAGGUUAAGUCAGGUGAGAUUCGGCCAAAUCCCAGGAAAAUUCGAGCCCUUUUGAAUUUGCCACCUCCGCAGUCCGUUACUCAGUUGAGACAAUUUAUUGGGCUAGUCUCGUAUUUUCGACAAUUUGUACCCAAGUUUUCACAACUGAUGAAACCUCUUUACGCCUUUACUUCAAAGAGCAGGUAAUUUUUGUGGGAAUUGGAGCAUGAACAAAUACGGCAAAAAGUAAUAUCUAUUUUAACUAAUGAACCUGUCCUUACUAUAUUCGACCCACAAUUUUCUAUCGAGCUCCACACAGACGCGAGUUCUGUCGGCUACGGCGCUAUUUUGCUGCACCGGAUUGAACAGAAGCCUCGAGUUAUCGAAUAUUUUAGCAAGAUGACAUCUUCAGCAGAAUCGCGUUACCAUUCAUAUGAACUGGAGACACUUGCUGUCUACAAUUCUAUAAAACACUUUCGCCAUUACUUGCAUGGCCGUCAUUUUGUUGUGUUUACUGAUUGCAAUUCGCUUAAAGCCUCUCGUACAAAGAUAGAACUGACCCCUAGAGUUCAUAGGUGGUGGUCGUACAUGCAAUCUUUCGAAUUUGAUAUUCAGUAUAGACCAGGUGAGCGUAUGGUUCCGGUUCCAAAAAUUGUAAAGAAUUCCAUAGGCGUAGUCGAAAGGCAUAUCAAUCUGACAGAAAUAUCCGAAAACUGGUUAUUGGCUGAACAGCAAAGAGACGAAUAAACUUCUUCCAUUAUCUCUAAAUUGCGUAAUAAUGAAUUGUCCGAGGAUUUGGCCAAGACUUAUGAACUACGGUCUGGAACUCUGUACCGAAAAAUUCAAAGAAAUGGAAAGACUCGAUGUCUGCCCAUAAUCCCAAAGCAGUUUAGGUGGUCCGCUGUCAACAACGUACACGAGUCAGUUAUGCAUCUCGGUUGGGAGAAAACUCUUGAGAAAAUGUACGAGUUCUAUUGGUUCGAUAAAAUGUCUAAGUAUGUUCGCCAAUUUGUGGACAACUGUAACACUUGUAGAUUAUCAAAACCUCCGUCUGGCAAAAUACAAUCCGAACUCCAUCCCAUUCCUAAAAUUGACAUCCUGUGGCAUACGGUUCAUGUGGAUAUUACAGGUAAACUUAGCGGAAAAAGUGACCAGAAGGAGUAUAUAAUUGUGAUGAUAGACGCAUUUACCAAAUUUGUCUAUCUCUCUCAUACUACGAAGCUAGACACCGAUAGUUGCAUUAAGGCAGUGAGGUCUGUUAUAUCAUUAUUCGGUGUCCCCUCCCGACUUAUUGCUGAUCAAGGUCGUAGUUUUGCUAGUUCAGCUUUCCGUGAUUUCUGCUCAGCACAGAAAAUGGAUUUACAUUUAAUUGCCGCAGGUGCUAGUCGUGCCAAUGGCCAAGUGGAGCGAGUCAUGAGUACUCUAAAGUCCAUGCUGACUGCGGUUGAAACUGGCCCAGGAUCUUGGCAGGAUUCUUUAUAUGAGAUUCAGCUGGCCCUUAAUAGCACGCCCAAUAGAGUUACUAAAGUCAGUCCAUUGGAGAUACUUAUUGGCAGAGAAGCAAGGCCAUUUGGGCUUACACCUGUUGUAAAAGAACAAAAUAUUGUUGAUGUUGGCUUAGUUAGAGAAAUGGCAAAAAUAGAUAAAGCUAGAUUCGAUAAAAACAAAGCCACUAUUUUAAGACACAAGCUAGGAGACCAUGUUUUACUUAAAAAUGAAGAGCGUCACCAGACCAAAUUAGAUCCUAAGUUUAAAGGUCCAUUUGUAGUGGCCGAAGUAUUACCAGGAGAUCGAUAUAAACUCAAAGCAUUAAAUAAUAACCGAACUUAUAAGUAUUCUCAUGAAUCUUUGCGAUCUAUGCCUGAGAAGAGGAUUACCACAGUAUUUGAAGAUGAAGGCACAGAAGAUGCCAGUGAUCAAGCCAGUGAGGGCUGUGAUCUUGAGAAUGACUAAAAAUUUGUAAACCUCCGGACCUAUUCCAAAUACGACUUUCUCUACCUCAUGGGUGCCCGAGUUAUGUGGUUCGCCAUUUUGUUGGAGUUAAGUUUAAAUUUGGUAAUGGUUGGUGGUGUGAGUUGGUUGGCCGGCUUAUAGACUACGCCAACUGGUUGCCACGUAUGUUGGCUGGAUUGUCGAGUUGUAAGCUGUGAGCUAGGCUAACAAAAGAUGGACUGGCCGGUUUGAAAAACUGUGCGCUAGUAGAAAAAUGUAUUGAAAAUCAAGAACGUUAACGAUUUAUGUUUGAAGAAGACAAAAUUAUGAUUGUUUGAUUGAAAGCUAAUGGU